UCCGUGAAUGCUGCUCCGGUGUUGUUUUGCAACAAAAGCUUUGUAUUAAAUAAUACCAAACAGAAGUAUAGAUUGUUUUUAACCCGUCAUAAUGAAUUUCCGCCAAAGGUUUAGUGUGACAGCACUUCAAACACGGUCCGUCCUCUGCGCUUCCGCUUCAAUUUGGCUCGUUUAGCUAACGUUAGCUAGCUUUGUUUUUGAUAGCACCGCGGUACAGAGGUAUUGAGGAUGACAGUCCUGAAUCUGUCCUUUGCUGCCUGUGGUUUCAUGGGGAUCUACCACCUGGGUGCUGUGGGGGCCUUCCUCCGCCAGGGUGACAAGCUGCUGGGCUCCCUCAGGGCCUGCGCUGGAGCCUCUGCCGGGGCCCUUGUGGCUGCCAUAAUGAUCACGGCUCCUGACAAGUUGGAGCACUGUAAAGACUUCACCUACAGGUUCGCCGACAGUGUGAGACAACAGCAGUUUGGAGCAGUCACACCAGGAUACGACUUCAUGCUCACACUACGGGAGGGCAUCGAGGAGAUUCUGCCCACUGACGCUCACAGUCUGGCCACUGACCGUCUCCACGUCUCCAUAACACACUCCAAAAGUGGCAGGAACCAUGUAGUGUCCCGGUUUACGUCGAGGGAGGACCUCAUAAAGGCUCUGCUGGCUAGCAGCUUUGUUCCUGUCUAUGCUGGACUCAGACCAGUGGAGUUCAGGGGACAGACGUGGAUCGAUGGAGGGUUCACCGACAGCCUGCCAGUUCUGCCCGUGGGGCGAACCAUCACCGUGUCCCCCUUUGCUGGACUGCAGGACGUGUGUCCUGUCCACAGGGGGCGCUUCAGCACUCAGCUCAGACUGGCCAACAUGAACAUAAUGUUUUCCGUGGAGAACAUCAGGCGUCUGAACCACGCUCUGUUCCCUCCAUCCACCAGCAACCUGCAGGUUCUGUGUGAGGAAGGUUUCAGCGACGCCGUGAGGUUCCUGAGGAGAGAGGCCUGGAUCAGCUGAUGCUCAGACUCAUUCACAGAAACCUGAGAGUGGAUUUUAUGGAUUUGACUUGUUUUAUUUUCUGUGUGAUUCUGUUUUUUUCUAGAGUGUGACGUUGUAGAAAAAAUGUCAGAUAAGUGUUAUCGCACACACACUCUGGGUCUUCUCCUCUGUCAGUAGCUGAACAUGAUGAACAGCCUUCAUGUGAAGAACAGCAGCUACUGCCGCACUUCACAGGAAGUGGACAGCGGAAGCUCCAUGGAUGGAGCUCCAGGUUACUGUGUGCUUCCAGCGUCAGGAGACGUGAGCAGGUUCUCCAUCGGUUCUCAGCUGGUCAAACUGCUGUAUUGAUGCUCCACAGGCCUUUGGUUCAUUCAGUGUAGCAGGUGUAUGACCCCGUGACAGCUGCUGGGUCCUGUACUUCCCAGACAGACCAUGUCUUUGUUUCCCACAAGCUUUUUAACCGAUGAUGGAGAUGAACGUGUAGGAGGAACCAAAACCUGCAUGCUUUACUCAAGUUUUUAUUGUUUUUAUCCAUUUUCGAGUUUUAUCAUCAACAUUGACGUUUGUUUUCAAUGUUUAAAUUUGAAAUGCACCAAAAGAAGCAGGAUUUAUUUAGGAUUCAUGAGGAAGGAAAUGUAUUGAACGUGUUUUUAGAGCUCGAGGACAGACAGUGAGACACAGGUUUCAGUUGCAGUUUUGCGCAAAAUAGAAAACGAUCUUUAGAAGUCCACAAAACACAACCGCGAAUGUUUUUUUUUCCCAUUUGUGUGACUUUAUCUUUUUCUUUUCAUGACGACUUGAAUGUGAAAGUGAAAUAUUUCUUUGUGGAAUCUGACAAACCACCUCAUGUGAGUGCAUACAUUUUUUUUGCUGAUUUUAAUCGCGUAUUAAGCUGGUUAACGUUUGUUGACAAACAAAAUAGAUGCAACUUUUCAGAAAUUAUGUUAAAAUGUAUUCACUUUUAAAAAAAAAACUAAUUAAAGGUUAAAAGAAAACAAUCAAAAUAAUUUUAUAAACCCAAGAAAUGACUUUUAAUAGUGGGGGCCAUUUUAUUCCAAACGCUUAAUCAACGUAUUAUUUUCUUCAUUUCUUUUUCACUUCACCGUUUUUCUUUUCUAUCGUUGCAUCUACACUAAAAUGCCAUUUUUGACUUGAGUUUAAUGAUAAAGGACUUUAGUUCCUGAUGUUGAGUGUUUGUUGAUGAGUGGGGGUCACUUUGGUCAAACAUAUUAAUGAAUCUAUAUCUAAAUGUACAGUGGCAAGAAAAAGUAUGUGAACCUUUUGGAAUGUCAUGGUUUUCUGAAUAAAUUUGUCACAAAAUCUGA